AUCAAUAAUUGAUUAGGCACAAGAGAGAGCUCAUUAUUCCGACUUCCAAUCAAAUUCCAGUCCCAUCCAGGCUAUAAAAUACUACAACCCAUCAACAUAUAUUCGUCUCUCAAUUGCUAUUAAUUUGCAAAACAAGACGCCGUGUUCUGAUUCUUCUUAGGCCGAACUCUUCUCAGUUGUGUCCAUGGCGAGUGGAUCUCCGAGAGGGAAGAUGGUGACAGUGUUGAGCAUCGACGGAGGCGGUGUGAGAGGGAUCAUUCCUGGCACGAUCCUCGCCUUUCUUGAAAGCAAGCUUCAAGAACUGGACGGACCGGAUCAGAGAAUUGCAGAUUAUUUCGACAUAAUUGCCGGGACAAGCACGGGUGGAUUGAUGACGGCCAUGAUUGCAGCACCAAAUAAGGACCUUCGUCCAUUGUUUGCAGCCAGUGACAUUAACAAAUUCUACUUAGACCAUUGUCCUGAAAUAUUUCCCCAGAAAAGUUGCUGUGGCAUGAUGAGAUCAAUAAGAAGCUUUCUAAGGGCAAUCAUGGGGCCAAAGUAUGACGGGAAGAAGUUGCGAUCCAUAGUCAAUGACAAGCUCGGAAACACCGCUCUCAGUCAAACCUUGACCAACAUCGUCAUUCCGACUUUCGACAUCAAGAAUCUUCAACCGGUCAUCUUUUCUACCAGAGACGCAAGAGCAAAUCCUCUGGAGAAUGCACGGUUGGCAGAUGUUUGCAUCGGCACCUCCGCCGCUCCAACGUACCUCCCGGCGCACCACUUCGAGACAAGAGACGAGAGCGGGAGGACCAAUAAGUUCGAUCUCAUUGAUGGUGGGGUCGCUGCAAAUAAUCCCACCCUGGUUGCUCUGAGCCACAUUAAGAGUGAGGGUCUCUUGCAAAACGAUGAGUUCAAUCGGAGAGAGACCGAUCCAAUGCUAGUGCUAUCACUCGGUACUGGGGCCGCCAAGCAUGAAGAGAAGUAUGAUGCAGCAAAGGCAUCUAAAUGGGGACUCAUCCAUUGGAUCUUUCACAAUGGUUUCACUCCUUUACUCGAUAUCUUCAACGACGCGAGCUCGGAUAUGGUUGAUAUUCACUUGUCUACUCUCUUCCAAUCCUUAAGUUGCAAGCAAAAUUACCUUCGGAUUCAGGAUGACAGCCUGACUGGCGAAGAAUCAUCGAUUGAUGUUGCGACCCCAGAGAAUCUGAAAAGGCUCAUGGACAUAGGGCAUAAACUAUUGCAGAAACCACUGUCGAGGGUACACUUGAAGACUGGUAAGUUCGAAGAGAUUGAAGGGGAAGGCACCAACGGGGAUGCGCUCAACUGCUUCGCAAUUAAGCUCUCUGAAGAAAGGAAGAGGCGAAACAAGUAGGAAUAUAUACAUCCGAAAAUGGUCUGCUGUGAUUCUCGAAGAUGAUCCUUACAAGAACCUGAGAUGGCUUAUAAAAUCUUCCAUACAAAAUAAUAAUCUCAUGGAGUAAAGCUCUUCACAGUAUUGGUAGAA